AGGAACCGUUUUGUCAUGUCUCUAAUCAAUUCAACUACAAAAACAGCAAAUGAUGAAAACAUUGGUAAUGAUGAACAUUAUAAUAUUGCCGAAGACAAAAAUCCACAACAAGAUCAGCAGCAGAAAUGCGAAGUACAACUAAAGACGCCCAAUCGUUAUCCGGAGCAGCGUAAAAAGCUUAGAGUUUAUAACAACGUAGCGUCAGAUUACAUUGUACCAACAAACUUCCGUGGUGUGACAUCAACAAAUGUGAAUGACGCUAUGUCUGUCUCACAUAAGCAACAGAAAAAAAUGGAGCAAAAGUACGACAAAAUACCGUCAAUAACCCAGUCUGGACAGCAAUCGCCACCAUUACAUAAAGAGUUACUAAAAAUUAAACCAUCACCACUACACCAACAGCAGGAACAAAAGUUCCAACUUUAUGAUACAAAUGACAACUAUCGCAGUUGCGACUUUAAUUUUAAUAGUAAAAAAAGUUCCACACACAUUUGCAGCACUAGCAACAAUACGAACUAUGAUAAAAAUGGUGACUGCUUUGGUAUCUUAAGUGAAACCAACAAAGCUUACAUUGAUGAGAACUUUAGCAAUAGCAUCAGUGAACGACUCGAUAAUAUCGGGAUUGAAUCUGUCCAAGUUGGCGCAGGGCCUAACUUAAGUGCAAAUAAUUUACCAUUAAAUGGCGUCAGUAAAUCUUUGAGAGCACUCGAUUCUGCACCACAAACCGAUAGUAUGGCAUCUAUCACCAGCGAGCAGCAACUUUGUCAGUUGUACAAUUCACAGCAGCAUUCCGAUUAUAUAAUAUCAGAUUAUAUGGAAAAGAUAGCGACGCGUAUUAAUUUAUUAGAUACAGAGUUAAAAUUUGCUUGGCGUGCACUCGAUUUGUUAUCUGGUGAGUAUGGUAAAAUCUGGGCGCGGUUGGAAAAACUCGAGAAGAUCUCGUUUGAACAGCAGUCAGUUGUAAACAAUUUAAUAGGUUUAAUAGCACUUAAACAUGAACAGCAAGAACAAAAUGAACAACAAUCUGAUUGUGUGACACAUUUAAGCUUUCUUGAUACCUCAAAAUCUACCGAGAAAAAAAAGCUUACACCGUUCGAUUACUUGCUGCAAGGUGAACAAUUAUCGAUGUCUAAUUUGGUUGAAGCCGAACAACAGGCAAUUGUCUUGAAUAAUUCAGCUGCUAUACUAUUGCAAGAUAUUGAUACGGAAUGCACUUCCAAACAAUAUAAUAACUUGUUACAAGAGCUGAAGAACGAUACAUUAGAUGCGCUGGAUGCCGUACGAAUAAACAGCGAAUUGGAAGCGCUUGACAAGUUAUUGCAGCAACAAACAAAUAAUAUAUACAAUUCUGGUGAAAUAAAUGCCAUACAUCAGCACUUGCGAAAUGAAAACAAAAUCGGCCAUAAUAACCAUUUCCAGUUAUCAGCAGUUCGGCGUGAUCGCCAACGUAAAUAUGAGCACAAACUCGCUGUAAUGGUUGAUGACGCUAAUUUGUCGCUGAAAAAACUAUCUGAUUGCAAUGUAAACAGCUCGUUAGUAACGUUGAACUCAUUAAACCGACAAUGUCUAAAAAAUCAGCAAGUAUCAGAUAUAUUAUCGGAAGAAACCAAGUCACAUCAAGAGCCAAGUUCCCAUUUAAGCUGGCUUAACUCUACGAAAGUAACAGAUUCCGAUCUUUUACAAUAUUAUCAACAACAACUGUUGGCAAACGAUGCCAAAAGUGAACUGUCUCAAGAAUUUCUGUGUAACCGUAAACUUUUGGGGAAACUUACACAGACAGAAAGUUUUAACAGUUUAGGUGAGUUUGAAGGCAGUUGUAAUGAAGCCACUAAUAUAACAGGAAGUAUGCAGAAUUUGCCGAAGUUAGAUGAUGGUAUAUUCGCUGUGGCACUGCCGACAACAGCAAUUGAGACAAAUGCAUCAGUAUCGAAUACACGCUCAACGCACAUCAGCCCGGAAAUUUAUUGUGAUUCGACUAGUAGUAUACGCGAAAAGAAAGAUUUUGUGACAAGAGAUAUGGAUAUGAAUGAUUUUAUUAGGAAGGAUAAGUUUUUUCAACAAGUGGCCUCUAAGCAAGGCGAACUCUUGCAAGCGGCUGUGCCAAUAGAAGACACGGGUGGAACAAUAAUAUCAGUCGAUAUUAGACACAAUAGUGAAGUGACCGAAGACUUUUAUAAAACACUUAAUGAGGCGUAUCGUGAUGACACUCUGAAUACAGAAAUUUCCAAUGUGGAAAAUUUAUUGCAACAUAGUGAAGCCACAAAUGAACAUAUACUGAGCAGUUUGGGCACGCGUAGCAAUUCAGCUUUGGAUAUAAUAUGCGAAGACAAUGAGGAGAGUGGUAUUGGCGCUGUACUUUCAAAACAUUCCGAUAUAGCUAAAUCUCAGUUAGUUUCAAAAAUAGAAGUUUCAUCAGCACAAGCUUUUAAGGCUUGCACAACGACAACGGCAACAAACACAAAAACCACAACAAUAGUCGCAAGAAGAACGAAAGACGCUAAAAAACAUAAAAAGAAAAAGCAUCACAAUGACGAGAUGGAAAUGCUGAACAAUCUGAAAAGCGCGCUUGCCCAAGCUGCUGCCGUUCAUACAUCCCGUCCUGUAUUACCUAAAAAAACGGCAAUGUAUUCCAGUUUUGCGUUCACCGAAGAACAAUAUGUCCAAAAUAACUCAAAUAAUGGUGAGUACUAUUCAACUGCUUCAUCUUCGGAGGACGAAUACAGAGCUAAAAAAGUUCACGGAGCUCAGGAUCAUUAUUGUAAUCAACUGAAUGAAGACAAAACCAUACUCCUCGACAGCACUGGAGAGAUAUUGCUAAUGGAAAUAAAUAAAAUACAAGAUCUUCAAGUAUUAAACUCCGCACAAAUUCUCACACUACGCACACUGGUUAAAAAAGAGCAUAAUUUUUUUGAAAAAAUACACCAAGUUAAUAAGAAUCUUUUAUUACUGCUUCUGAAUCCGAUAACAAUGGGCGAGGAGCUUCGUACACUUGGAAAUGAUAAAAUACGAAAGUUCGAAAGAGUUAUGAAAACCUUGGAACGUAAUAUAGACACGCUGAAAAAAUUAGUUGGCAGCUCCUUUGACGACUAUACACGGAUGUACUUAACCGAUGAUGAAUUGGUGCUGAUAAAAAAAACAGAAAAUAAUCUGGCUGAUGAUAAUGAAGCUGUGUCGAAUAUAAUGACAACAAAAAAUAAAAAACUAAAAAAUUCUAAGAAAAAACAAACAGAAAGGAAAGAAAAUCUAAUUGGCGAUCUUGCAGAUACACAUCGGACACAAACAAUAAUUGAUAUAGAUAAAAUUACACCUGUCACAAAUAGUUCCAUCGAUUGUGAUAAGGCACACUUUGACUAUAGCGCUCAUUUACUUCGAAACAAUUCCAAUUUGGAUGAACAACUAAAAAUUUUAGAAACUCAAGAACAUGAGAUGCGCCUUAAAAAAUUGCAUGAUUCUACCAUAAGCCCUACAACCAGCAACAAUGAUAUUAUAAACAAUAAAAGUGGUCUCGGACAGAAACCACAAUGCAAUUAUUUGGCUGGCAUGGAUAUGGAGUCGGAGCAUAUGCUGUUACAAACAACAAAAGCAACACCUAAUAGUCAAGAUAAAACAUCGAGUCGCGCUACUUCGGUAGCAACACUUUACAAUAAUGAUGAGUAUAUAAAGUCGCUAAAGAGAAGCCUGGAGCGACACAAUAGCAUGCUUUUUCUUUUACAUUUACAACAUCCGGAAUACCAAAGCAAAACCAAAGCAUAUCAAGACAUUUUGGCUUUGGACAUUGAUGGCAUACUCUUAGCUGAUGUUGGUGGGACUCAAAGCCCACCACCGCCAGCGCCCUACGAUGACGAUGACGCAAAUGCAGCCAUUGAUAGCAAUAACGAUGAUGCUCAAAAAAAGGCGACUUUGCAGUUGGUAAAUGAUGACACCGUUGCAGGUAUAGCUAACCUAUCGGUACCAUCAAUAAACGCCUUAAAUCCAUUUCAUACACAUAGCGCUUCAUUUGAUAAUGCACAAUUAGAAUUGUUAAAUACGGGACCAAAACAAACGAAAUCGAAUUCUGGCCUUUCAUCUAAAAACCGUUUGUCAAGCUGGGAGAAGUCCCUCAACUCUACGCUAUACGGAGUUGGCGUUGUUAGUACGAACGCUGAUAAAAACAAUCCAUUUCUUAAUAAGCGUAUGAGUUUGCAGAUACUAAUGUCUGAAGAUUUGGAAUCAGUAAAUAGUAGUGCCACUAAUUUGUGUAGUUCGAGGUUGAAUUCAAAGGCUUGGAUGGCGGCAGAUCUGGAUUCGGAUAAUGGUGAUUUGAGUUUAAAUGAUACUAGCUUUACUGAAGCAGAACUGGAGAUCACAACACGUGCCGUUACCAUAGCGACUGCUAAUUCUGUUAUUCCAACGAUUAUUAGUACAACUAAUGCCACCUUUUCCAACACUGGCGAUAAAAUAAAGCAAAAAAAUAAUUUAAUGCCCAUACAGCAAGCAACAUUAUCGACGGAAAAUAAUUACCUGUUGAAUGAAGAAAAUUUGAACUAUAUAUGUGAGUUGUCUAAAAAUAUGCCCAUUUGUUCCGUCUACGAGAGCAAAUCCAUUUUCAAUAAACUCAAAGUUGGCACCAUGGAUGAGCAUGUACGUACUGUCGAUGAAGUCCUUGAGUGGGGUCAUCGGCAGCGACAACGGCAGACACCAAAGAGACAGCAAAAUGUAGCAAAUAUGUUAGGUGAUCACAACCGGCGUAUGCCGGAUCUUUUGCGCAGACCUACAUAUACAACUACGCUUGGAGGGGUCGGAAGUGCCACUUCCGAUAGCACAAGUAUACAGUCUGAGGGUAGGUGUGAAUCAUCCCAAACACUAAAAGGACAACUUACUGAUCGUCUCGUUUAUUAUCCAACAUCUAAUGAUAUUAAAGAUUAUAAUAGCUGCAAUAAUCUAAAUUUUUUGGGUAAGAAUCAUUUGGAGUACCCUUAUCAACAUCAACCUCAUCAGCAAAUGUCAUAUAACCAUGGUUUAAGCUGCUUAGCUCCCACCAAUUUUUCUAAUUUGUCAAUAAAAAAGGCAGUAAACACACAUCACCAACAUUACAUGCUACAUCGUUCUUCACCAGCCGACAAUGAACAAAGCAAUCGGAUUUUAAAACAGAAUAAUUUUAACGGUUCUCGAAAUUAUGUAUUUCAAUCCAAACAGCACAAGAAUGCAGAGUUGUCCACUCCCUAUGUUUUACACGGAGCGCAUUAUGAUGCCGAAUCAGCACAAGAUAUUGACAUAGUAGCAUCUUCAACGUCUGCCGACAUAGUUGGUUUAUCCGGUAGUGAAACAACAUCAAGCACUACAUUUAAAGUUUGGAAUAAGUUUACUAAUUUUUUGCCGGACAAUUUAAAAUUGAAGCGAUCUUUACGAUAUGGUCGUUCUCGGUCAUUGCCUACGGGCUAUGACAAUUACUCGGAAGAUAGAGCACCUUUUCAAACAAGCCAAGAUGAUUGUUACCCUUUAGUUGCUGGUCACUUGGCAUCAUUCAAUGUGUCUCGUGAGAACAUGGGACAUAAUCGUAAUGUGUCAUUGCAUAAAGUGGCUACGGAGCCAACAACAAGAUGGCAGCAACAGCAGCGUGGCAAUAAACAUUCGCGUAGCAGUUUUUAUUUUUCGAAACGUUUCUAUAAACUACCCACAAAGCUGGUGCAGCAUGCUACUCAUCCUGGUGCAGUCCCCGUUGCUAGCACAAGUACAUCAGACAUAAUUGCUGCCCGCAAUUUAAAUUGCGGUGAUACAACUAACAAGACUGUAGCUGGUAACCAUAAAAAACGUUCAAGGUUUUCAGCGACUGUAAAUAAUUUAAUGCAGAAAGCCAAAACUGGAUACAGGCGUCACAGUUUUGUAGCUCGUGGAAUAACGGAUUCUCGUGCUGCGGCUAUAGUAUAUAGUGUAUCAGAUACAGAGGCGGAUGUACCCAGUUUUAAUUCUUCGGAUAAUGAGGGCUCUAUAGUUAGUGAUAUUGGAAAUUUUAGUACAUUUUCAGUGGAUACUGACGGACGUGAUGAUGGAUGCAAUACUGAAAUAUAUGAGGCAAAUAAACCUCAACUUCAAUCAUACGGUAUAAAGUUGUUUAGUAAAGAGAUUGGAGUCAGAGAAGAUGAUGACGGAGACAACUAUAAGGGAGUUGUGUCUUCCGAUGUAAAAGAUAGUGGGCUGAGUGAUGUUAAGGAUAAUGAAGAAGCUGGCCACAUAUUUGGGCAGAAUGAAAUUAAGGAAAAUGAAAUGCGUGAUUUAACCGUCAAAGUGACUCCUUCGAAUACAUAUAUAAGUCACAAAGAAAUGGUUACGGCAGAUAUAAAGGAAAACAAAGUUCUUGAUUUACAGUCAAAAGUAUUGAAACCACCAGAUCAAUAUAUAAUUACGAUUACGGGAGGAUUUAAAAGUCUGCAAAAUCAAGUUGAAACCAAAUUACAUAGUGCAAAUAAAUUAGUUUUAACAAAAAAUAAUUCAAAGGCGAUGGAUAAUUUUCACGUCUUGCUGGACUGUGUAAGAACUCAUAAUCAAAUGACUUCGUCUACUGUCGUGGAUAAGGAAGAAGGGAAAUAUAAUAAUGAUGGUGUUUUAAAUGAAACAGAAGUACCAUCAAUAGCUGUGACAUCAGCUGAUAACUCACAUCCACCACUAUUACUGAUAGCAGAACCGAUAACAAGUGAGUUUGCUAAUCGAAGUUUGGCAGCACAACAGUCGCUUGAUGGCUCUCUAGGUUUAAUUGAAGAAGAUGACAAUCGCAGUCAGCAUUCUUUCCGCACGCUGUCGUCAUCACGUCGUCAAAGCACUGAGGAUAGCAUUGAUACAGAUGAUGAAUACUUUUGUUAUGAGCUAAGGCAGUUGGAAAAAUUGGAACGGCAACGAAAAGCUGAAUACCUAGAUGAAAUUGAUAAGAAGUCAACAGUAGGCAUAUCCCUGGUUGAUAAUGUACGAUUGUUUUCACAAAUCGAUCAAUUGACUCUAAGAAGUACCAAUUGCUAUAAUAAUUCCCAACAUAUAAAUACAUAUGCUACAUUUGAUAAUGACAAUAAAGUUGUCAAUAAUACCGGGUUGCAAUUUUCCGCUGAAAACGAACCAGACGAAGCUAUUAAACAGCUUAUGUGUGAAAUCCGUAAAGAAUUGAAAUGUGUUGUCAAGGAAAUACCAGCAAUAGACAACGUGAAAGCGGAGUCACCAUUUAAAGUAGUGACGACGAAAUCUUCACAAAAUCGCUGCUUUUCCACGAAAUCAACUGUCUCAAGUAACUUUGAACGUGUGACAAAAGUUACUGAUUUGCAUAGCGCAUGGCAAGAUAUUAAUGGAGAUGAUUCGCAACAUGGGUAUUUUGAUAUGGAUGCUAAGGAACAUGCUCUGGAGGAAACUGGUAGCAGUGAAACUAUGGAUGAAGGCAGUUCGAUGAAUAUAUUCGAAUGCGCUGAUAAUGCAGCACGCAAUAGAUUCGCAAAAUGUCAUAACCUUCAUCAGCAACAACCAGAACAGAAAACACAGCAUAUAAGUAGUGAACGUGUAGCUCAACAUAAGCGUUUUCGCAAACGACGUGAUCGCCGACGAAUGGCCGAUAAUAACAACGAUAAGGAUAAUGAAGCAACUAAUCAUGAUCCGCAGCAUCAACAUAUCACUACAUUUUCAUAUUCAUCUGAAGAGGAAGUGGCCAGCGGAAUCAAACUUUAUAAAGAGAAGACAAAAACGAGUCAAGGGGGUGGUAGCAAUAGCUGCGAUAAGCAUAAACAGGCAACCAUAUCUAGAAUUAUACCAAAUGAAAAUGAAAGUUCUAGCAAACCAACGCAAAAUGACCUGUUGCUAAAUUCUGCUACGAAAGAAAAUGUGAUGGAUGAAGAUAUAUAUGUUGAUUUUAACGAGGAUGAUGAUGUAAAUAAUGUGAGUAUGUCAUCCAGUGCCACACUUGGUCCAGAUACACCAGCUGAACUAAGUGAGGAACUGGAAGGCGACCAGAAUAUUUAUAAGACCGUUCCAAGCUAUCAAGCAUUUAAAAGCAAUCAAGAAAGUAUUGAAGUAUCUAACGGACGUGUGAGGGUGGAACAAAAUUUUGCUGAUGCUGAGGACGAAAAUACCGGGUUAGAAAUUAAUCAUAGAACCGCUCCAACUGUUCACAAGAUUCAUGAGCAUUUAAUAAAACGUGAAAAAGGAACACAAGACGACACAAAAAUGGAAAUACAUCUAUUAAGUCAUGAUUCUAGUGCUGAAGUUAGUGGGACGCAAGGUACAAAUAUCAAUACAUCAGUACUUGGGAGUAGCAAAUGGAAACUCCUGAAAACUCUCAAAGAACGGAAAAUCGAAGAAAAAAAUUAUCAAGUUAAAGCUAAAGACGAGGAAUGUAGUAAAGAUCGUGAAAAGAAUGGCAGUGGACCUGGUGAUAUUGGCAUACGGGGUAGCGGGCACCCGGGAGACAAUCCAUUCUACAGUAACAUUGACAGCAUGCCAGAUAUACGUCCUCGUCGGAAAUCCAUUCCACUCGUUUCAGAACUUACAAUGGCAGCCACCAAGCGCAAUGCCGGAUUAACAUCAGCCGUACCGCGAGCCACUUUGAAUGACGAAGAACUGAAAAUGCACGUUUACAAAAAGGCUCUACAAGCGCUUAUUUAUCCAAUUUCGUCAACAACCCCACAUAAUUUCGUCCUGUGGACUGCAACAUCGCCAACUUACUGCUACGAAUGUGAAGGACUGCUAUGGGGCAUCGCACGACAGGGAGUUCGGUGUACAGAAUGUGGCGUGAAAUGCCAUGAAAAAUGCAAGGAUCUCUUAAACGCUGACUGCUUGCAAAGAGCCGCCGAAAAAAGCUCAAAGCAUGGAGCUGAAGAUAAGGCGAAUUCAAUUAUAACAGCAAUGAAGGAUCGCAUGAAGCAGCGUGAACGUGAAAAGCCCGAAAUUUUCGAAUUAAUCCGUGCGGUAUUCAGCGUAGAAGAGAAAAGUCACACAGGUCACAUGAAAGCUGUUAAGCAAAGCGUUUUGGACGGUACUAGCAAAUGGUCUGCUAAAAUUGCAAUUACAGUGAUUUGUGCUCAAGGCCUGAUAGCGAAGGAUAAAAGCGGUACCAGUGAUCCCUAUGUGACGGUGCAAGUUAGCAAGGUGAAAAAGCGUACACGUACAAUGCCGCAGGAGUUAAAUCCUGUGUGGAAUGAGAAGUUUCACUUCGAGUGUCACAACUCAUCAGAUAGGAUAAAAGUUCGUGUUUGGGAUGAAGACAAUGAUCUGAAAUCCAAAUUGCGUCAGAAGUUAACCCGAGAAUCUGAUGACUUUUUGGGUCAGACAAUCAUCGAAGUACGCACCCUUUCAGGUGAAAUGGAUGUUUGGUAUAAUUUAGAGAAGCGUACGGACAAAUCAGCGGUAUCUGGAGCCAUACGUUUACAUAUUUCAGUGGAAAUCAAGGGAGAGGAAAAAGUCGCUCCAUACCAUGUACAAUACACAUGUUUGCAUGAAAAUAUUUUUCAUUAUUUAUGCGAAGAAAAUUGCGGUAUGGUUAAACUACCACAGCAGAAGGGAGAUGAUGCGUGGAAGCUUUAUUUUGACGAAAUUCCCGAGGAGAUCGUUGACGAGUUCGCUAUGCGAUAUGGCAUUGAAAAUAUAUACCAAGCAAUGACUCACUUUCACUGCCUGUCUACCAAAUAUUUAUGCCCUGGAGUUCCGGCUGUAAUGAGUACGUUAUUAGCAAACAUCAACGCAUAUUAUGCGCAUACAACAGCAUCGUCAGCCGUAUCCGCAAGUGAUCGUUUUGCCGCUAGUAACUUUGGUAAAGAAAAAUUCGUAAAACUAUUAGAUCAACUACACAAUUCACUACGAAUUGAUCUAUCUAUGUAUCGCAACAAUUUCCCAGCGUCCAGUCAAGAAAAACUAAUGGACCUCAAAUCAACCGUGGAUUUGUUGACCAGUAUCACAUUUUUUCGUAUGAAGGUUCAAGAACUCUCUAGUCCACCACGAGCGAGUACAGUUGUCAAGGAUUGCGUGAAGGCUUGUCUUAGAUCCACCUAUCAAUUCCUGUUCGAAAAUUGUUAUGAACUCUAUAAUAGGGAAUUUCAGGUGGAUCCAAAUGAAGCAAAACGUGACUCUGACGACCACGGCCCUAAAUUGGAUAACGUUGACUUCUGGCAUAAGCUAAUCGCAUUAAUUGUGUCCGUGAUCGACGAAGAUAAAAACAGUUAUGGUACCGUACUGAACCAGUUUCCACAGGAAUUGAAUAUUGGGCAGCUAUCUGCAGCUACGAUGUGGAGUCUAUUCGCUGUUGAUAUGAAGUAUGCAUUAGAAGAACACGAACAGCAUCGCCUUUGUAAAUCAUCAGCAUAUAUGAAUCUACAUUUUCGCGUAAAAUGGCUCUAUAGUAAUUAUGUUAAAGAGGUCCCACCAUAUAAGGGUGCAGUUCCCGAAUAUCCAGCCUGGUUUGAGCCUUUCGUCAUGCAAUGGUUAAAUGAAAAUGAUGACGUGUCCUUAGAAUACUUGCAUGGUGCAUUCAACCGCGAUAAGAAAGAUGGGUUCCAAAAGAGUAGCGAGCAUGCGUUAUUUUCCAACUCAGUUGUUGAUGUAUUUACACAAUUAACACAGUGUUUCGAUGUUGUUAGCAAACUCGAGUGUCCGGAUCCAGAAAUCUGGAAGCGUUACAUGAGGCGUUUUGCUAAAACUAUCGUAAAAGUACUGAUUGCAUAUGCCGAUAUCGUCAAGAAAGAGUUUCCUGUUCAUAUGAAAGAUGAAAGAAUUGCAUGCAUACUCAUGAAUAAUAUACAGCAACUGAGAGUUCAAUUAGAAAAAAUGUUCGAAUCAAUGGGGGGAGAUAAGCUAGAAGAAGAUGCUGCGAAUAUACUAAAAGAAUUACAACAAAACCUAAAUCUGGCUUUAGAUGACUUGGCAUCACAGUUUGCUGUCAGCCUUGAGCCACGUAUAACACAGUCCGUUCGAGAGUUAGGAGAUCUACUGCUCUCUGUUAAAGGAGGUAACAAUAUGAAUUUCAAUCAAACUGCACAAGGAAAUGUUGUUGCAGUUGAAGCUGAUGAGGUCCUCCGACCACUGAUGGAUUUGCUGGAUGGUUCAUUAACACUUUAUGCUCAAUCCUGCGAAAAAACUGUACUUAAACGGUUGCUGAAAGAGCUAUGGAAAAUUGUUAUGCGUAUAUUGGAGAAGACGAUCGUGUUACCUCCAAUGACUGAUAAAAGCAUGAUGUUUAAACAUCUAACGGAUAAUGCCAAGAACCUUGCUUCGAAUGCUAAAAUUGAAGAUAUGGGAAGAUUGUUUAAAAGUCAUAUGUCUGGCAAACAAGAUGUUAAGAGUGCUCUUAGCGGUGUUAUGGAUAUUUCCAAGGAGGUCGAAAAAAAUUUGUCACCUAAACAAUGUGCUGUAUUAGAUGUUGCCUUAGAUACCAUCAAGCAAUAUUUCCAUGCUGCUGGUAAUGGACUGAAAAAAACAUUCCUUGAGAAGUCGCCAGAAUUACAAAGUUUACGAUACGCUUUAAGCUUAUACACCCAAAUGACAGACACGCUUAUCAAAACUUUUAUCUCCAGUCAAGUACAUGAAAUUGAUCCGGAAAAUCAAGAGGAAAGUGUUGGUGAAAUAUCAGUACAAAUUGAUCUUUUCUCACAUCCCGGUACUGGCGAGCACAAAGUUAAUGUAAAAGUUGUCGCUGCAAAUGAUAUAAAAUGGCAAAUAGCUACAGGAAUGUUUCGUCCAUUUAUUGAAAUUAAUUUGAUCGGACCACAUUUACAGGAUAGGAAACGAAAAUUUGCAACAAAGUCCAAGUCGAACAAUUGGUCGCCAAAAUAUAAUGAAACAUUUAAUUUCACGAUUGGCAACGAGGAGCAGUUGGAGUUCUUUGAAUUACAUAUCUGUGUUAAAGACUACUGCUUUGCUAGAGAAGAUCGCUUAGUUGGUGUUGCAGUUAUACCAUUAAAAGACAUAUCGGAAAAGGGUUCGGUUGCUUGUUGGCUACCCCUGCAGCGUCGUAUACAGAUGGAUGAGACGGGUUGGACGAUUUUACGCAUUUUAUCACAACGUAAUAAUGAUGAAGUCGCCAAAGAGUUUGUGAAACUUAAAUCAGAAAUACGCCAAGAACCUCUUGUUGGGACAUAACUCAGUUUUAAUAACCAGAAAACUAAUUAAAAUAAAUAUUUAUUUAAUUAGGUAAGCUGAAGGAUAGCAUUCAAUGUAAAAAUAUUAAUUAUUGUACAUGCAUAUGUAUAAUUAUAAAAAUAAUGAAAAUAAAUAGUAUGAAAUAUUGCUGCAAAUAAAAACCAA